CGCUUUGACAGCUCUCGAAAACCCCGCCAGAUGGCAUACGUUUGUUUUCGAAUAAAUUAUGAGAAAAUAGUGGUUGAGUAAAAAGUGGAAUUCUGCUUUAUGGCAAUCAAGAAGGUAAAAGUCCAUGUCAUCUUGAUAUUGAUGUUCUCAUUAUUGUCAAAAUUACUGACAAACGUUGUCAAAUGUGAACAAACAGUAGUCAAGAAUAUUACUAGAAUGUGUGAUUGCUCUGAUGAAUAUAUUUUGAGGAAAACUGCGUUACUAGCUCCACCUCUAUCAAGGGACCGGCACAAAGGGCAAGCGGGAAGAAUAGGAGUUUUUGGCGGGAGUAUUGAAUAUACCGGAGCGCCAUAUUUCUCAUCUAUCAGCGCUCUGAAAGUGGGCGCUGACCUAACCUACAUUUUCUGCAACAAGGAAGCUGCCACUGUCAUCAAGUCCUACAGCCCUGAGCUGAUAGUCCUACCAGUACUUGACGAUUCUAAGGCUAUAGAAAAAAUAGAGCCUUGGCUAGAUAGGUUGCACGUUGUACUGAUUGGCCCAGGUCUUGGCAGACAUGACAACACCUUCGAGGUCAUAGAAAACGUUAUUCAGAGUUGCAGGAGUCAGAGGAUACCGAUGGUCAUAGACGCUGAUGGUCUAUAUUUCGUAUCGAAAAAACCAGAGGUCAUCAAAGAUUACCCGGCACCCAUCAUCCUAACCCCAAACGUCAUGGAAUUCAACAGGUUAGUCGGCCAAACAACCGGCGACGGCACCAAACUAGAACGAUCCUCUUCUUUCUUAAAGUCCCUAGGCGGCAACAUCACCAUCCUCUGCAAAGACAAAGACGACGAGAUAAUCAGCAAAGGCACGGUGGUCAAAGUGACAGGUGGUGGUUCUGGAAGAAGAUGUGGAGGUCAAGGGGAUCUUCUGGGCGGGUCUUUAGCAACUUUUUUCGCUUGGGCUCUGAUGAAGGGGGAGGAUGUGAACGUGGCUUGCUGUGCUGCAGCCAGGCUUACUAGGGAAUGCAAUUCUAGAGCUUUUUCGAGGUUAGGUAGGAGCAUGACGACCACAGAUAUGAUCGAGGAGAUUCAUGGGGUGUUUCAGGAUAAUUUCGAGUUGAAAUAAAAGUUUCAAGGACAUGGUUGUGUGUUUCUUUCAUUAUUGAAUAGCAAUAAAUAUACUUUGAGCAGCA